AAUCAAUUUUGAUUCGAUAGAGUGACAAAGGCACUCAAGAAGCUAGUUGAACUUGAAACUUGGGCAAGGUAUCACAGGCUAUGUUAUGCCAUGCCGUAAAAAUAAGAACUUUCAGUUGGAGCCAGAAGAAGCGCAUCCUCACCACAUCAAACAAUAACAUGUAAACAGCUAUAUCUACUAUGGUUUAAUUCAAUCCCGUUUAUGUUUAUAGAUGAAGAGGCAAUUCAUUGUAAAAAAAAAAAGAGAAAGAAAUUUAUAUAAAAAAAGAAGGAUAUAUAGCUCUUGAAUGUGAGCCAUGGAAGGUGAGCCGUGGAAGGUUCACUUUUAUUUCAUUGUUUUCAGGGUAUGAGGUGUCGGACUUUUCCUUUUCCAGUUAAUGGGGAAAAGAAUAUAUAUUAUAUAAAUUUAUCAAACAUGAAGUCAAAGUCAAGCAAGUGUAAUCAUUGUUUACAUAAUUUCCAAGUGCACCCUUACAGAUGGAUCCGCAGUAAUCUUUUUUUUCCUACUCUUUCUCUUCCUCUGGAGAUUUAGCUUAGAGUUCCCGGUGCCACUUUGAGGAGGGGCUUGAGCAUUGAUGAUUAGACCAGAAAGCAGUGUCAUCAAUGACUCCCACAGGUACCUAAUCUUCUCUUCAUAUUGCCUUCUCAUGGCGCUUCCGACUUGAGCCAACUUUUUGAGUGCAUCCUUAGCCAUCAUCAAGAAACAAACUUCUUCUAUUCUUGGUUGCUUUUUUGUUUCUAUGUGUUGGUUUGUUGAACUUGUCAUAAUGGUUUCUAUUCUUAGUUCUUCGACUGCUUGGAGCAAUUCUUUGUUUCUGUUAUUUUAGGUCAAGGAUUUGCUAAUUGAUGAACAAAAUACAGAACUUAAUGGGCAAUAGUAUCACUGUAUCACUGUAUCACUGAUAGGGGAGCAUUUCAUACCAAUUUAAUUAUCUGUUUCAACCUUUAUAUGAGACUUAGAAAUCCUUCUUUCAAUAGAUACCUCAGUCUACCCACUCACCCAAGCCUCAGUCAUCUUCCCUUCUGAUAAGAUGUUACAUUUUUUGGUCAAUCUAUUGUUUAUAAAUUAGUUGUUAGCAGAUUGACUUGUAAAGAAUAAGAGGAAAAUAAUGGAGGCACUCGUUCAAACUUUAAAAGAACUCUGGAAGGACUGGCAGCUACGAGGGCUGGUUCUAUUUAGCCUCUUCUUUCAGACAAUACUCAUUGUCAUCGGCAAUCGCAGAAAGUAUAGUUACCAGCUUUUGGUCAGAUUUACUGUAUGGGUGGCUUACUUAGCUGCGGACACUGUGGCAACAAUGGCCCUUGGGAUUAUCUCAAACGACCUGGGAGAUACUAGUGACAAUGGUGAACAGGAUGCCAACAUUGAACUACAUGUAUUUUGGGCACCAUUUCUGUUGUUACAUUUGGGUGGCCCUGACACCAUCACUGCGUACUCCUCAGAAGACAAUGAGUUGUGGUUGAGGCACCUGCUUGGGUUGGCUCUGCAAACAGGAGUCGCAUUCAACACCUUCCUCAUGGCAUGGAGGGGCUCUCACCUUUCAAUUCUGUCCACUUUAAUGGUCUUUGUAGGCCUCAGCAAGUAUGUAGAAAGGACCUGGGUCCUCCGUUCCGCAAGCAGCGAACAGAUUAAAGGUUCCAUGCUUGCUCGUCGUGAUCUUCCUGACCCCACUAACCCAAAUUUGCUCAAAGAGUACAAUGUGAAAAAAGAAGAGGGAUAUAUAUGUAAUACAAACAGAGUAAUUGAUAUUCAGCUGCCUAUGGAGGCCUUUGCCAUUGAAGACAAUUCCAUCUCCAAAACCAAUGAAUUGCUUAAAGCUUACGGACUACUUCAGAUAUUCAAGUGUAUUUUUGUGAAUCUCCUACUUAGCUCUCGGGAUCGAGACACCAGCCUAGCCGUGUUUCAGAAUCUGUCCUUCGAAAAGGCUUUUGAAGUAGUUGAAAUGGAGCUUGCAUUCAUGUUUGAUUUGCUCUACACAAAAGCGUCAGUGGUCUAUUCUCGAUGGGGCCUUAGCUUGCGUUGCAUCAAUUUAUCACUUACCUGCAUUGUAUUAGUCCUUUUCUCUUUGGCUGAUGAUAAGCACAAGUAUAAAAAGGCUGACCUUGUCAUAACCUUCCUAUUGCUGGUAGUAGCUAUUGUGCUUGACGUAUAUGGAGCACUGGUCAUUCUUUUCUCAGAUUGGACUGUUGUGUGGUUGAGCUUGCGUAAAAAGACAUCUGUCUUGAGAGCCAUUACUUCUAUCCGAUUAUUUAGCAAUCCUAGGUGGUCAAAUUCCAUGGCUCAAUACAAUCUACUAAGCUUUGCGCUUAGAGAAAAACCAAUGGUUUAUGAUCCAAUCCUAAGUCAAGUAAAACCCCACAUUUUCCAUAGAAUUCUGAAACUCUUUAAGUUCUUAGGCUUUGUGGAAAAGCAAGAAAAGGAGAGAUAUGUAACUAAGGAGGUGAUAUCCAACAGCUUAAAGGAGUGGAUAUUCAAGUAUCUCAAGGAGAGACUUAAAGUUAAAGCAACAGUCUAUGAUACGCAGGAGGUAGGCAGACCAAAAUUUGCGGUAGAAAUUUAUGGUCACGGUGAGCUCAAAUGGAGUGUGGAGAAAGGAUUUGAUGAGAGAAUUCUGACAUGGCACAUUGCUACAGACAUCUGCUACUACUUGGAGGAAACUAUAGAGACCACCCAAUCCAAGCGUGAAAUCAGCAUUCUCAUGUCAAGGUAUAUGCUGCAUUUGCUUGUUAACUAUCCUUCCAUGUUACCAGCUGGGCUUGGUGAUAUUCUAAUUGAAGACACUUGCGCCGAAGUCAUUGAUUUUUGCAAUACACCAGAGCCGCCAAAACACAAACCCGAUGCAUAUGAUAGGUUGGUUAAAGCUACUAUGGGAACAGAAUUGCUUGGAAGGAGGUAUAGAGCAAGGAAAUCUCUGUUAUCUGAUGGAAGUAGGCUUGCUAGAAGUUUGAAUGAGAUAUCAAAUAAGGAAGAGAAAUGGAGCUUAAUUGCUAAUACUUGGGUGGAAAUGCUUGCUCAUGCUGCAAGUCAUUGCGAAGGAAGUCAGCACAGGCAACAUCUGAGGCGAGGAGGACAGCUUCUAACCCAUGUGUGGCUUCUGAUGGCACACUUGGGCUUAACUGAUCACUUCCAAAUACUACAACCCCGUGACAUCACCAGGCUGACUGCCAAAUAGCCUACCAAGUGAUUCUAUAUGAUGGUAUAGAGUAGUUAGCAUUAAGGUUGCAGCUUGCUUCUUGUUGUAAUAAGUGUUUGAAGCCUUUUUUUCCUUUCUUCUUCUCAUUGGGGUGGCGCCUCAUAUCUCAAAGAAUGAAUUAAAUUUUGUCAUAAACAAAUAAUCUGUUCCUCUUAUGUCUUCUUCUUGACCAGAGAAUUCCCAUUCUGAAUUGUCAUUUUGCUUUCCCUUUUUUAAGAUAUGGGCAGUGCCAUAUUGAAUCCGUAUGCUGAAUUCAUCUACUCUGUCAAACCUUGAUAAUGUCUAAAGGUAGAAAUCACCAGCAGAUUUGUGCCCAUAGUUGAACAACAACUUCUUAGCUGUUUUCUAGAAGAAUGAUAUUCAAGGCUUCUGUUAGAACAAGGUUUUGGAACUGUAGUAGUACUAGACAGGGUGGCCACCUGAUUAGAGUUUGAGCUUUUUGUCCACUGGAAUUUGGCUUAACAGUUAAUUUUCUCCCACAAUAAACAGAAUUAA